GGAGAGUAUUUCGACUGCCAUACUUGUACACUUUGCACAUGCGUACUUCCGAUACUUUUGAUUUGGUCAUUUAAAUUGGUUAUGUUCUCUGUCUCUCUUUAAGAUGUACAUUUUCUUAUCUAGUAUCGUCUCUUGUUAUAUCUAAUCUUUGCUCAUACUAAAUUAUCUCAUUAUUGCACAUGUUGUACAGUGCAAUUCAUUUCUGAGCCCUUUUGUGGGCACCAGGGCACUUGAUUGCCCAUCACUUUAUUACAUAUCUAGUCUGUUUUAUAUCUAGUCACUUCUGGGGAAAAUGACACCACCAAGUAUGCAUCACUGUUACCAAUAUUAAUUGCAAUUGAAGUUAUCAGUAUCAGAACAUCUACAAAACAUUACAAAUUUAUUGAUAAUAGUUGUAGGUUAUUCAAGGCAGUUUAUUCAAAUGACAAUUCUGUUGUGUGGAAUUAUGAAAGCACAGUAGUGCACAAUAACAAUAAAUGUAAUUAUAAUAAUGUCAUUUUGACAGUCAAUAUCAUGUGCAAGCAUAAUAUAUCAGUGUGCUUAAAUUGCAUUUGAAUUUUAACACAUAAUCUAGUGAUUGGAUUAAAUUAAUCAGCAAAAUGACAUCAAUGUUUGAUCAGUAUGAGCAAGCGUCUCAGAGAUCUAAGCAGGUUUAUGUACCCCCAAUACGUCCUGAUAUUAGUACAACAGGAUUUAUCCAGAUGAAGUUACAAGAUGAUGGGCCAAUUUUUAUAAAACAAAAAGUUAAUUUUCUACCGCCUGAUAAGAUUUUACAUCUGGUUGUUAAUAAUAAUAUUGUCGUUAUAGCUAUGGCUAAUAAUAUUCUCCUGCGAAUUGAUUUGAAAAAUCCAGACACACGAGAAGAAAUUGAUAUAUCUAAGUAUGUAAUGAAUAUGAGAAUGGUAGGAAUGUUUCUUGAUCCUUUGGGUAAUCAUUUAUUGAUAGCUUUAGCUCCAAAAUCACAGGAUAACUCCUUGCCUGAAUUAUUUUAUUUGCACAGGAAAACAACAAAACUAAAACAGGCAAGCAAAUUCAAAGGACAUGAAAUUACUGCUAUUGGAUGGAACUUUCAAAAUUCUUUGGAGACUACUACAGGUCCAAUUCUUUUAGGAACUUCUAAAGGUCUCAUUUUUGAAACAGAAAUUGGUUUAGAUGGCGACAAAAUAUUCAAUACCAGUUUGGAACAAUAUUGGAGACAGGUAUUUGAUAUAGGAAAAGAUAGCAGUCCACCUAUUACUGGUUUGGAGUUUCAUAAAAUACCAAAUACUGAUAAAUACAUGAUUAUUGUUACUACUCUUAUGCGAAUUUAUCAGUAUAUUGGAUCAGUACAAAAUCCAGAAGAAAAACCUUUGUUGCAACAAGUAUUUAAUAAAUAUUUAAAUGUAGAAGAAAGUUUUAAUGAAGUAAUGAGUUCCUUAUCUUAUUCUAAGAUGCAAUUUUAUUAUCCUUCAGUUGGUGCUUUACCAAAAUCAUUUGGUUGGUUAACUGAAACUGGUAUAUUAUAUGCUCAGGUUGAUGCAAAAGUAGAUCCUAAAAAUGUCUUAAUUAAUCAACAAAUGUUGACUUGCCCCGAAACAAGUCUUAUGGGAAUUAAUAAAUCACAAACAUCUACUGUACCAUUAUCAUUUGUUUUAACAGAAUUCCAUGCACUAUUACUAUAUACAGAUCGUGUAAAAGGAAUAUCUCUUUUAAACCAGGAAUUGAUAUUCGAGGAUAUUUAUAAUGAUCUUCAAUACUUGCAGGCUGUUGGAAAAUUACUUAAUAUCACUAAAGAUUAUGUGACUCGUUCUAUAUGGAUUUACAGUGAAAGAGCAGUAUUUAAAUACAAAGUUAAUAAAGAAGAUAGAAAUGUUUGGCAGGUUUACGUUGAUAAAGGUGAAUUUGAGCUUGCAAAACAGUAUUGUAAAAAUAAUCCAGCACAUAUAGAUCAAGUACUUGUAAAACAUGCAGAAAUGCUCUUUAAAAAUAAAGAGUACGAAAAAAGUGCUCUUAUCUAUGCAGAUACUCAUUCAUCGUUUGAAGAAAUUUCUUUAAAAUUUCUUCAAGAAUGGCAAAUAGAAGCUUUAAAAACAUUCCUUAAAAAGAAACUUGAAGGACUAAAAAUACAAGACAAAACACAAAUAACUAUGAUUGUUGUAUGGGUGACUGAAUUAUUUAUGAAUCAACUGGGUGUAUUACGAAGCACUAAUAAAUCAUAUUUACAUGAUCCUCAAUAUUUAGAACUGCAAAAGCAAUUUGAUAGUUUUCUCGCGAUACCAAAAGUUGAGGAAUGCAUAAAACGGAACCGCAGUACUAUAUACGAUUUAAUGGCAAGUCAUGGAGAUAAAGAUAAUCUCAUUCGUUUAACUAUAAUGCAUUGCAAUUAUGAAGAAGUAAUAAGGCAACAUUUGUAUAAAAACAAUUAUCUAGAAGCCCUUGAAGUCUUAAAAAGCCAAAAUAAUAAAGAACUCUUUUAUCAAUUUUCUGGUAUUCUUUUGCAAGAAUUGCCACGUCCUGCAGUGACCGCAUUGAUAUCACAGGGUUCUAUGUUAAAACCAUCCAAACUUCUUCCAGUUUUAGUAUCUUGCAAUAGCGAUGAAAAGCAUGCAAAAGAAGUAAUCAGAUAUCUAGAAUUUUGUGUAUAUAAGCAAAGCUGUAUGGAACAGGCAAUUCAUAAUUUUCUAUUAUCAUUAUAUGCUCGUUAUAAUCAAGACGAACUAAUGAGUUACAUCAGAUCUCAAGGACAAGAUAUAAAUAUGGUGCAUUAUGAUGUGCAUUAUGCAUUAAGAUUAUGUCAGGAAGUUGGUUUAACAGAAGCUUGCGUAGAAUUAUCUGCUUUACUUGGACUCUGGACAACUGCAGUCGAUUUGGCUUUAACGAUCAGCGUUGAUCUUGCAAAACAGAUAGCUACUAUGCCUUCUGACCACGACUAUGAAUUGAGAAAAAAAUUAUGGCUAAAAAUCGCUGAACAUGUGGUUCGAGAAAAAGAUGACAUAAAACAAGCGAUGGAAUUUUUAAAAAGUUGUGAUAUAGUUAGAAUAGAAGAUAUAUUACCAUUCUUUUCAGAUUUUGUCACCAUUGAUCAUUUCAAAGAUGCUAUAUGCAAUUCAUUACAGGAAUACAAUCAACAUAUUCAAGAUCUCAAGGAAGAAAUGCAGGAAGCUACAAAAGCAGCUGAACUUAUUAGAAAAGACAUACAAGAGUUUAGAACAAGAUGCACAUUUGUAUAUGCAAAAGACACAUGUAAUACUUGUGAUGUCCGACUGUUACUGCGACCGUUUUACGUAUUUCCCUGUGGACAUAGAUUUCAUAGUGAUUGUCUCGUAGCUGCAUUAACGCCUAUGCUAUCAAUGAGUCAGAGAACAAAGCUGGCUGAUCUUCAAAGACAACUUACUGCUCUUUCUAAUAGACCUGAAGAUACAACAUCAGUUGCAUCUGUAUCUUUGUCUACGAAAGAUCAAAUUAAGGCUGAUAUCGAUGAAUUAAUAGCUUCUGAAUGUUUAUAUUGUGGAGAACUUAUGAUAGAAUCUAUAGAUAAGCCGUUUAUCGAGGAAGAAGAUUAUGAAAGAGUAAUGAAGGAAUGGGCAUGAGUACUAUGAAGCAUAAUCUGUUUGUAAAAUAUUUCCAAACAUGUAUUACUACAUGUUACAUUUAUUUACCAUCAUUUUUAUUUGUAACAAACAAAACAUGUAUUAUAUCUAAUUGAAUGUGUAAAGUAUUUAUUUUAUACAUGUAUAGUAAUUAUUUGUAAAUUUAGAAAUAAAAAACUGAAAUAAUCGUAAA